GACACAGUUAAGAUGGAGUUUCCAGCCCAGUGAGUCUGAGGGCCAGACCGUGACCCCAUAAAGCAUGAUCUCCUGUCCAGACUGUGGCAAAGAUGUUGAAGCAACUUUCAAAUUCUGCCCCUACUGCGGAAAACCUCUGCCUACAGAGGAGCACGAGGGGUCCCAGACCUUUGUCAAGCCGUCUAUGUCAUCCUCCCAAGGCUCAAAGAAAAGGAGGAACACCAGUUCUGAAAUAUCUCCCAAGAAAGUGAAAUGGCCCAGCUGCGCUUCCUCUCCCCCAUCAUCCCUUCUCUCAGAAGGGUGCUGGAGCAGAUCCCCAACCUCCCAGAGCAGCCCUCAGACAACCAGGCAGAGCCCUCAGGCACUGAAGCGGAGCCGGGUGACCACCUCGCUCAAGGCUUUGCCAGAGAGGACGGUGCUGAUAGACAAGAGUGGGCAGCACUGGAAGCUGAGCUGCCUCCAGAGCAGGGAUGGCCAGGGCAUUCUCUAUGAAGCUGAGCCCGACUCCACCUUUGCCUGCGAGUCAAGUCUCGGAAAACAAAGAUUCUCACUUAAACUAGAUGCCAAGGAUGGGCGCUUGUUCAACGAGCAGAACUUCUUCCAGCGGGCCGCCAAGCCUUUGCAAGUGAACAAGUGGAAAAAGCUGCACUCGACCCCCCAGCUGGCCAUCCCCACCUGCGUCGGUUUUGGCAUUCACCAGAACAAGUACAGGUUCUUGGUGUUCCCCAUCCUGGGGAGGAGCCUUCAGUCGAUCCUGGAUGACUACCCGAAGCAUGUGAUGUCAGUGAGGUCUGUGUUCCAGAUGGCCUGCCGGCUGCUGGAUGCCCUGGAGUUCCUCCAUGAGAAUGAGUAUGUUCACGGCAAUGUGACAGCUGAGAAUAUCUUUGUGAAUCCAGAGGACUUGUGCCAGGUGACCCUGGCAGGCUACGGCUUCACCUUCCGCUAUUUGCCAGGUGGCAGACACGUGGAGUACAACGAAGGCAGCAGGACCCCACAUGAGGGGGACCUUGAGUUCAUUAGCAUGGACCUGCACAAGGGAUGUGGGCCCUCCCGCCGCGGUGACCUCCAGACCCUGGGCUACUGUCUGCUGAAGUGGCUCUAUGGGACCCUGCCAUGGACGAACUGCCUUCCCAACACCGAGGAUAUCAUGAAGCUGAAACAGAAGUUUCUUGACAACCCAGAAGGCCUCGUGAGACAGCGCAGUCGCUGGAUCAAUACCUCAGUACACGGGCCCAGCCGCUCCACGGCAUGUGAGAUCUUCCCGGACCGGGGCACGAACCCGUGUCCCCUGCAUCAGCAGGCGGACUCUCAACCACUGCACCACCAGGGAAGCCCAGUUCUUCCCUUUUCAUGGCUCAUUCCUUACCAUUCUUUAGGUCUCAGCCAAAAUGUUACUGACUUGGAGAGGGUUUCCUGGCUCCCCGCUCUAAAUGUGUCCUUGUUGUCAUUUUUAAAAAAUAUAUUUAUUUAUUUUUAUUUAUUUAGUUGCGCCGGGUCUUAGUUUAGGCAGGCAGGCUCCUUAGUUGCAGCAUGCGGACUCUUAGUUGCGACAUGCGUGUGGGAUCUAGUUCCCUGACCAGGGAUCGAACCUGGGCCCCCUGCAUUGGGAGUCUUAACCACUGCGCCACCAGGAAAAUCCCCCUUGUCAUUUUUAAGCUCAGCUACUAAGUGUUUCCCACUUAUCCCCAUGCAUCAUGGUUUAAUAUGUCUCUUGUCUGUCUCCCCAGUAAAGUGUGAGCUCCAAGAGGGCAGGGAUCAUGUCAGUCUUGUUUCCAGCUGUAUCCCCAGCACCUAAGACAGUGCCUGACAUAUUAUACAUGCUCAAUAAAUACUUAUUGAAUGAGUGAAAAGUGAAUGAAUGAAUUCUUCUCCCCUGCCCC